AUGGCUUUACACAACCUGGUUUUUGUUAUUGAUGUGGAUUAUGGAGAUCACGAGUCAAGCGAUCAGCUGGAUGUCAGGAAUCAUUUCGUGAAACGAGGAAUAUUACAAGUUCUGCUGCAUUUCAGCUGCAAGUAUGGAUUUGACAAAGUGCGCUGGGGUUUUAAAUUCUUUCAGUCAAAGACUGGCCGUAAUGCCCGGCUCAUAUCAAGGGGGUCAGACUUCAAGGAGCUUCGCCACAAAACCUUUGAGGAUUUUGAAACAGAAUUUGAAGCAAAGUUUGAAGUGAAGGUCAAACCAUUCCCCUCUCGCCAGAAGCAGCAAUCCAGUCAAUCUGCUUCAUUGCAAAACGCACUCAAAGAGACACUGCUGGACUUCCAGUGGGACAGACCCGACAUCACCUCUCCCACUAAACUGUCCCUGAGGCCCAGGAGGUCCACUCGAGCUGGGGCGCCAAGUGUUUCACAGGAGGAUGAGAUUUCCAGCCACGGGAGGAAUGUGGUGUUUAUCAUCUCGCAGUGUCCCCGUUCCCAGACACAACUGGUGGACUAUGUUUGUCUGGGACACCAGGACCUGCCCACAGACGUGACAGAGCACCUUCUAUCCAAGGGCCUUCAGGACAUGAUGGUUCAGCGACAGGUGGCUCUGCACUGGAUUGACAGCAGAUCACAUGUCCAGGUCAUGGGCUGUGAGGACCACCUUGGCUUUGACAAGCUGUCGGAGGUCCUGGCUCAGGUGGGUGGCAGAGUGAUCCCUGUGGUUGCACUGCUGAAUCUCUGCUGCUCUCAAGACGCCUUUGCAUUCAAGUCCAGCAUUGGAUACCUGCUGUCUUCUGAAAAGCUUUACCGCCUGGCUUUUCCUGCCUUACGCGGUGUUCUGCGGUGGGAGAAAGGGGAUGUGACACAGAGCUGUGGCAUCAGUGUUGAGCCAGCGUCUCGCAGGCAGAGGGUUCUCCCAGAGUCAGUAGAAGUGUGUCUGAAAGCAGUGCUGCAGGGCUGGGAUGCCUCUUCACUGACACAGACCUCCACAGAGUCGUGGGUACUUCAGUGCUCCAGCAGCAAUGAUCAGGGAGCGGCUGUCUUCCAGGAUCUCUUGAUGGAGCUGUCUGCUCAUGCUCUGCACAUGCUUUCUGAGGUGAAUGACAGCGGCCUGGUGUCCUCAGCUGUCCUCUCCCCCUUGUCACACUGUACAGCUCUGCUUACCAUUCUCGAGUCUGGAAUAACUCAGCAUGACCACCUCCUUAACACCGAAAUCAUUGCCCCCGCCACAACAGAAAGCUCAGUUGAACUGCCAGAUGUUGUAAGCAGUGUCCUCGGAGUAGUGUAUGAUAUAAUGGAGGAGGAUAGGGACAGUGUUGAUGACCAGCCAAAGCAUCAUCAGGUUCCCGAGUGGGCUCAGCAGGAAGUCAGCCAUUGUCCGCUCACAACAGGUGUGUUGGAGAGUUGGUUCCCACAGUCAGACCACUCAGGAGUGAGUUCCCACUUAAUGGAGUCAAUGAGGUUGCUGCAUGCAGUGCCAGAGCAAAAGGAAGAAGAAGAGUUUUCUGUCCUACAGCAGGAGCUGAUCAGUGGUCUGGCUGAAUUGUAUCAAACAUCCCAGGGUGCACAUGACAAGAGGGGCAAAAAACGUGGCGCCCAGCGCACACCAGUGAAACAGAAGAUGAAGACCAUGAGCCGCUCCCUGCAGAUGCUCAAUGUGGCACGGCUGAAUGUCAAAGCCCAAAAGAACCAGACUGAGGCUGAGCAGGUCGGGGUUGAGGGCAAGGGGCCAGACAGACAGGGGAAGAGACGGUCAAGUGACAGGAACAAAUCUAAUGGAGCGAACACCGUCAGUUUUACUAGUGAGGCAGAGUUACUGUCCCAUCUGAAGUCCAGUUACGAGAAGACCGUGGUAGACAGAGACUCGUCCCUCCUCACUGGUGUCCAGCAGCUCUUGUCUGCUUUGAAAACCUUUCUUCUCGUAGAACCAGACCUGGAGGUAAAGAUCUCCCUGUUUGUGCAGCAGCACCUCCUCAAGACCAGCAAAACAAUCAGGCAGCUCUAUAGCACAGUUGCUGAUGUUGAUAGCAAAGUCAGAGAGUGCCAGCUUCAGGCGUUGCUGAGACUGGAGUUGAGCAGACUUUUUUCCUCAGAGCAGUCUGACUCACUGGAUGUUGAUCAGAUGGUAGAGGAGGUGGCUGAAAUGCUCAGGAUAAUCUCCCUCACAAAAGACCCAGUUUUCCUAGCAAGGUUUCUUCAAGAUGAGGUCCUCCCAGGGUUUCUGACCGCCGUUCCCAGAGUGCUUGCAGACGUCUACCACAGUCUGGGCACCCAACUACCUGAGGCUUUGGUGGCUGUUCUACCUGCUGACUUCUUCAGCGACGAAUCAGUUGCCAAGGACAGUGUUUCUCCUUCAGCCUCCUCACCUCCCCUCUCCACACACAGCCUGGUUUCUGAUGGCAAAGAUCGCCUGCAGGACCUGCGAAAUCGCUCAGCCAACAAGAGGAGGACUGGGAUGCUGACCCGUCAUCGCAGUAUGACUGAAUCAUCACAGAGUCUUCGCCAAAUAGAGAUGCCUAAAAAGACUACAAGAGCUUCCAAAUCAAAGGUCUGUGUGGCUGUGGAAAAGCCUGUUGCAGAACCACAACCACAGAAACAAGAAACACAAGAGGUGACGAAGGUGAGAAGAAACCUGUUCAACGAAGAGAUUACUUCUCCUUCAAAGAGAGCCAAGCUGCCGAGGAGUCAGUCUGUAUCCGCUGUGGAUGGAUUAAAACGCAAGCGAUCUAAUGAAUCUGAAGAGAGGCACAAACUUCUAACAAAGAAAGUGUGUGAAACACCCCAUCACAAGCAAGUGUCCAGUCGCCUCCUUUAUCGGCAGAAAAUGGGAAGGAGAUCUGUCCCAACUGAGGAGUGCAUUGUGGAAGAGUCACCAGUAAAACCUGCAGAAGACCUAAGAAGGAGCCCAAGGAUAAAGAAGUUUGCUAGAAGACACACAAACACUUUCUACUCAAGUUCUCAACCUCGCUCCCGCAACCUGGACAGGGCUCUCUCUGCAUCCCAGCUUACACUCAGUGAUGGCAAAAUCAGUGGGGUUAAUGUAAAAACAGUUCGGUCUCCCAGGCACCUUCUCUUUGGGGCAGCUGAUUCCCCCAGUCGUCCUUCUGACCAGUAUCCUGCAACCAGGGCCACCAGGUCACAAAGGUCCACAGACUCUAGUGUCUUUGAGAGUCCAAAUAAGACGCCAACGAAAUCACCCAACAGAUGUGGUAGGGCCAUCCACGGCAUCACAACCCCCAGGACCCCUCGAACCCCAAAGACCCCUAAAACUCCUCCUUCUUCCAGGAUGCAUGUUUUCUCUGUUCCAGAGAGCCCUGUUGCUGGCAGCUCUCGUGAGCUUGGUAUGGCUCUGAGGGGCAGUCCUUUCAGAUCUCCAGCCAGAAAGACUCUUGUGGUAGAGACACCUACGAAGCAGAGCCCAGUGAUGAGCCCACUGAAGGGUAUUCUCAGGACUCCGGUCAAGGCCGUGAUCGAAUGCCGCUCCUCUUCUGGAAUACGUCUGCUCAGUAGCCCAUUUUCUAAUACUCCCAAGAAGAGCGUCACAUGGUCGCCAUCCCCUCGGAAAUGUAGCGUGGCAGAAAACAGUAUUGCUUUCAAGGUGCCAGAGUCGUCUAGUAUUGCAUCCCGCACUUCUCCUCGACUGUUGAAAACACCAAACACUUUCUACAGUCCUGUCAAAAGCACAAACACUAAAAGAGACAUUUUCAAGACCCCCCAAAAGACUUGUCAAGUAAGCCUUGAAAGGGUUUCUGAAAAUGCAAAUAGUGUUAUUUUGACAAAGGAAAAAAAUCAGAGGUCCUCUGAAAAACUUCACAAACAGAUGAAAACACCUGAAAAAAGUGACACUGUUAGUAGACUGGAAAUGCCUCCUCCACAGUCUACACCGCCUCUAGACCACUACCUCUCACCUAAACCCAACACUAAAACUCAAACAAGGACGCCCAGUCCUACUUACCAAAUUAAUACUCGCUCUGGGAGAACUCCAUCCAAAAGUUCAAACAUUGCAUCCCCAUGUAAGUCAGUGUUUACACCAGUAGGAGGUACUGUUUCAGAAAGAUCAGGUACUUCAGGAAAGUCUCCUGCAAAGUCUGUGACAAGAACGAGGUCUGGUCAGGGUGCCAGAACCACCAGACUUAACCUCAGAUCCCAGUCUAGUGAGAACGUUGCCUCCAAACUAAACACAGAAUCUGCUGAGAACUGUGACCUUGUGGAAAAGAACAUAGAGUCAGAUCCAAAAGACGAGGCACAGGAUGAAACGGACUCCAGUUCCCAGACAGAUUCACAGCAAUUUGACUCUUCACAUUUUAACUCUGGAUCCACAGAAGAUGAGAGUAUGGACAUUGUUAGUGCUGCAGUUAUUAAGACCCAGUUUAGUGGAGGUCUCAAGAUGAACAUUAGCUUCUCACGGAAGCCUUCACUGUCCGGUGAAGACUUUCUGUCGAACACAGCCUCUCCUAAACCACGUGUGCCACCCCACGGCACACCCAGCCGGAGCUACGGCUUCCGGCAGACCCCAGACCGCCAACAGAGGGAGGCAGCUGCUCGUUUGGGGUACGGAAAUGAAUCUCCUCGCUUUUCAACCCCUAGAGGCCCAGCAAGAACUAGUCGACAAAAGGGCGUGGGUACUCCGAAUCCUCUGACUUACCAAGUAGAAAUGGAAAUGCAAACAUCAGGACUUCCCAAGCUCAAAAUCAAACGCACAGAUUCGAUGAAUGCGGGUGAUUUGGUCUCAGGAGCUCAGAGCCCAUUAGUUGGUGUGAAACCUUCUCAGCUGGAAAGCCCUUUGACGUUGUUCUCUAAGCACAGGGAUCCUGGGUGCGUCUCACCGUCUAUGUGUACUCAUGUCACGCCGGCCAAGAGCACGCCUGGAAAAGGUGGAAGCGUCCAAACUUACAUCUGCCAGUCUUACACCCCUACACGCCAUCCUGGAGGAACGAUGUCUCCUGCUGCAACUGCGGAGAUCAUUCCCCUGACUCCUUCACCUCAGAGUGUGGGGAAGGUGACCCCAGACAACCUCAACAGCUGGCCUCGCAGGAAGAGAGCUCAGAUUGGGGUGGUUGGAGGCAAGGAUCGUGGCCUUAAGGGCGAGCCUUUGCUGGUGGAGUUGCUUGAGGAAGCUGAGCUUGGAGUUAGCAGAUUGCAGGACGUUGAGGACACGGAUGAGCCCUCAAACAACAAAGCUGCAAUAAUAGCUUUGACUUCCAAACAGUUACCCUCAGAUGCAGACGCAUCUCCUCUUUCUCCACUGGAAGACUUGUACUGGAUAGAGAAGCUGGCUCAAGAGGGUGACUGUUCUGAUCAGACAGCCGAAGAAGAAAUGAUCUGGGCUGCUGGAAAUGGAGAUGUCAAGUCAUUGGCGACUCCUCCCAGCUCCAAGGUGAGGAAGCCGGUGACAGCGAGUGGGAUUUUGGCCCUCACUCACUCUCCGUUGUUGUUCAAAGGCAAAACAGGCUCUGCUAGUAAGAGAACGCCAAAUUUUAAAGAUGAGGCUGCGUUGGCGAGGAGGGUAGACGUUGAUGACGUGGAGCUCUCUCCCUUCAGCCAGCCGGCGAGACACUCCAGCACAGGGAAGACGUACAGCAGGAAAAGACUGCUUCACUGAACCACAAGACUGUAAAAGCAGCAAAAGGAUUGUCCACUCUGUGUUUCACUGUGAAGCUGUGUCUUUCUGAGCCAUAUUUUGUGAGGAGUGCUUUUGAUGGCAGAUCUGAAAGAUCUCUUUCAAGCGCCACUUGAAAGGCUUUUCUAGAUGAAUGAAUGUCCCUUUCAGUCUCUUCCACCAACACCUUUCAUUCUGACAUCAUGUUCUAACCAAUGGAUUUUGUUUUAAUCUGAACAGUUUAAGAUUUAAGAUUAUAAAUAGGUUUUGCACUGAGUUGGAAAAACUAUGCAGUUCUGCCAAUAUGUUUAAAAUUGCCUUUACUGUUCCUACUAAUGAUUUUAUCAUUCAGAAUACGCCAUGUUUUCUGCAUGGGAAGCUAAAAGGUUGGAAGAUGGUGAUAUUAUGCGUCAUCAUUGCUUUUCCAAAUAGUAAUCAGUCAUUUUACAAUCAAGUCUGAAGCCUAAAUGUGUUAGUAUAAAUACUAUUCAUGUUUAUUUAUUAGUUUGUUUGUUUGUUCUUGUCAUAAACUUGAUUUUGAGUAAAAGGGAAGCCCUACUGAUUUAGUCAUAUUGUAAAUAUCUUAUGUUGCCAAAGUUUUAUGUAAAUAAAUAUCAGUUUUCUGACUUAAGUUAUUGAAAAUGUUUUUGUUUUUAUCCUGUAAUUGUGCUGCUUUGUCAAGAUUCACACUUUUAAAU